AUGGCUGCUAAGAGAAUUCAUGAUGGUUCUGAAGAAGAUCCUAAACAUCCAGAUCAGAAGAGACUGCGACGCCUUCCUUCUUUUGCAACUGUGAUUAAGGAAGUAAUGAUGGCUAAGAACAUACAGAACUUGUUUAUGGCCAUGGAACCGUUGCUUCGUACAGUGGUGCAAGAGGAGUUGGAGCGAAUACUUGUUCAAAGAACAGGUUUUAUUCAAAGGCCUUCCCAGGCUCAAAUACAAGAAAUAGAAGCAUCAAGCUUACAGCUCAUAUUCCAAAAGCAACUCUCUCUUCCUAUAUAUACAGGAAAAAAGAUUGAAACUGUAGAUGGAACUCCUCUCCAAGUACUGCUAAUAGACAGAAAAAAUGGUCUCCAGAGUCCUCUCACCCUCUCUUCACCACUAAAGCUGGAAGUAGUAGUAAUUGAUGGCUGUUUUCCUGCUGAAGGUCAAGAAAACUGGACCGGUUUAGAGUUUGAUAAGCAUAUAGUUAAGGAAAGAAAUGGGAAGAGACCAUUAAUUAUUGGAGAAACUAAUCUCACUAUGAAAGAUAACUGUUGUUGCUGCAGUAUAUUUGAGCUUAUAAUUACAGAUAAUUCAAGCUGGAUUAAGAGCAGGCAUUUUCGGAUUGGUGUAAGAGUAAUUGCAAGUAGUUAUGAAGGACCUCGGAUUAUGGAAGCCAUGACUGACCGUUUCAUGGUUAAAGAUCAUAGAGGAGAAUCAUAUAAGAAGCAUUAUCCUCCCUCUCUUACUGAUGAAGUCUGGAGACUGGAGAAGAUAGGGAAAGAUGGAACUUUUCACAAAAGACUUGCUGCUGAGUCCAUUUAUACUGUUCAAGACUUCCUUAAAUUACUCUCCGUGGAUCCCAAUCGCCUCAGAAAGAUGCUUGGAACGGGGAUGUCUGAUCGCGUGUGGGAGGUAACAGUAUCUCACGCAAGGACUUGCACUUUGGGCCAAAAUACUUAUCUGUACAGAGGAUCUCAGCUAAAUCUUCUCUUAAGCCCUAUAUGUGAACUCAAAGGAAUAGUUGCACAAAAUUCUACUUUAUCUCCUCAGCAACUCAACAAAUCCCAAAGAGAUUUUGUGCAGCAAAUGGUUCGAGAAGCAUAUGAACAUUGGGAUAUGGUGGAAGAGAAUUUUGAUGGCUUCGGAAGUGUUCAUCUAGUUGAAAAUAUGAAUAUGGCUGAGCAAAGCCAACAGUGGUACAGUGAACCUCUGCAGAACACAUUGCCGCAGUUUGAAAUUGGGGAUUUUGAUGAAAUAGAAGAAGAGGCUCAGAAUACUCUGCAGAGAGGAUAUCAGAACGAAUAA